UAUUAAUGAACGCGCGGAAGACACAGAAGAUCCAUUAGCGCACGAGACACUAUCAGCGCAGCACAGCUGCACGAGGACUUGUAUUCAGAUGUCUUUUUGAACAGUUACACAUGUAGGAAGUUAUACACAACUUUUAACAAGGCGAAUAUUAGAACUUUUCAAGAACAUCACACCAAGGCUGAAGUCGCAUUUUGGGACACUAUGCAUUGCCAAGCAGAGUUGAAACUGGCGAACACCGCGCAGCUGAAAGCAGCCCGAAGACGAUAUAAGACUUUCAUGAUCGACGAGAUCCUAUCCAAUGAAACUUGUGAUUACUUCGAGAAACUUUCUCUUUACUCGGUUUGUCCCUCUUUAAUCGUCAGACCCAAACCUCUGCAUUCAUGCUCAGGCUCUGGACCUCUGAGAACAUACCCUCUCCUCUCUGUGAUCACACACCAACCUCCCAGCAGCCUACCACAGCUCUCUCAGGCCUCUCCACAAGGCAGGAUCCCUCACCUGCCCCUCCUCUCCCCACAGCACUCACUCAGCUCAGAGCCCACGCCCAGCAAGACGCCUGUCAGCAUCAGCAGUGAAUCAGAGACAGAGCACUCUGGCCCACGGCUCAAGAAGCCCCGCCGCAGUCGUACCAUCUUCACAGAGCUGCAGCUGUUGGGCUUGGAGAAGAAAUUCCAGAAACAGAAAUAUCUGUCCACUCCAGACAGAUUGGAUCUGGCUCAGUCUUUGGGACUCACACAACUCCAGGUGAAGACAUGGUACCAGAACAGACGCAUGAAAUGGAAGAAAAUGGUGUUAAAAGGAGGACAUGAAGCUCCCACCAAGCCCAAAGGCAGGCCUAAGAAGAAUUCCAUCCCUACCACUGAGGAGAUCGAGGCAGAGGAACGGCUUGCAGCGAAACUGGCAGAGGAGGAGAGGCUACAAGUAAAGGGCGAGGCUGAAGUGAAGCUCCAGGCGCAUGGGGAGGUCUUUCAAUCUCAACCUCAAGAUCUGAGCACAUCUGGUAUGUCUACUGAUCCCGUCUGUUCCUCUGGUCCAGAGAAUUGUGCUCGAGAACAAGCCCAUCCAUCUCCAUCAGAAGCAAUGACAAUCAGCUAAACACAGCCAUGAAAAUGCACAACCAAAGACAGCUAUUGAAAGACUGUUUGAGAACUGAUGCUCUGUUCAGCAGUUGCAAGGCUUCCAAAGCCUAUUUUUGAGAUGAAUACAGUAGCCUCAAAAAUUAUUUGGAUGUUUAUGCCAGUGGUUUCCAACCUCGGGUUCACGCCCUCCUUAGGGGGGCGCCAGAGUUCACAAUGGGGCGCUGAACCACAUGUGCUUUGAUGUCGCCAAAGAUAUAAAAAUGCACUAUACCUGGAAGGCAGCAUGCCAGUCCUUGUCUAACUCAACGUGAUAUAUGCAAAAUAUCAAAAUAAAUAUAAAUAAACUGUCCAAAGACCUUGACACAUGGCAACUGUUGCAAAACUUAAAUGUCGCUCUAUCAACCAGAGAAUCUUUGCACAACUGCAUGAGGAUGAAGCACACAAAGUGCUUGUAAGUUUCUUUUUCACUGAGCUAAAAAAAUGUAUGGACUUUCUGCAAAUUCGUAACCACAAAUUGAAAAACUGCAAAACAUAUUAAAACUGCAUAACUUGUUGACAUUUUAACACUUUAUAAUGAGACCAUCAAUCAGCUCCAGGGUUCUGCGUCGAUAAUCACCAAAAUUAUAUACCAGUAGAUCUGUGUCAACCGUUAGAAAUGUUCAAGUAUAAUUUCUGUUUCUACAGUUAUGCAAAAUCCAGAUGCAGAUCUUAUAUGUAAGCAGCUAGGGCUUCAAGGAAAAAAGGAUGGGAACCACUGAUUUAAGCCACACCUAAAAAUCUAUGAAUGCCAUUGCAUUAGAUAACAAAUGAUCAAAAGCCAAUCAAUUUGCUUUUAUACCUGUAAUUAAAGCAAAACUUGUUACAUAAAUAAAUUUUCUAGGUUUUAAUUAUGAAACAAUAAAUUGGCUAUACUGUUCAAAAUUAAAAAAAAUAUAUAUUUGGCACUUUAGUCAAACUUAAGGUGCAGUCACAUUUGUCUCAAUAAAAAGAAUAAAAACUUCAAAGCUGCAUUAGCAGUGUCCUAAGUAAUUUUGCAUGCUCACCUUUUGUGGAACGUGUCCACAGUUAAUGUGAUUAUGCACAUGUGGUUACUCUGUUAGGACACCUGUGUGAACUUGAGGGGCACCGACUUCACAUAUCUACUAAAAACGAUUCAGUUAGUUCUGAGAAAAUGCCUUGCAUUAUUUGUUUGGAGAUACAACUUGGUCUGAUAUUUAGUUUUUCUAAUGCAAAGACAUGCAUACAUUUCUUAAGUGUGGCUUAGGUGUCCAAAUACUUUUUACAGGCUAAUAUAUAUGGCGAUGCAGUGAUCAACGAUGUAACAUUGCUUUACCUGUUUCUGUCAUACAGCUGCCUUUCUAAAAUGUAGUCAAUAUUUUAUGAACCUGUAAAGUAUAUUUUUUAACACUGUUAAUAUGUUGCCAGAUACACAAACAUAAAACUGAAUCUCACAGACCCACUGUCUCACACUAGUAUGCCAUGUUCUAUAUUGAUGAACUGUAAGUGUUUGUUUUUCUGGAUAAGUUCUUCUCAUUCUCUGUAAAUAUUACUUGUGUAAUUGCCCCUGUAGUUUACGGUGCACCUGUGUACAUUAGCUUGGGAUUCUGUGCCAAAACACAUAUCUGAGAAACUAAAAUGCCUUUUGAGGUAAUUUUUUCUUCUACUGUUUUCUUUUUUUAAACAUCUCUGAAAACGCUGCCAUUAAAAGUUAAUACGACGGGUUAGUAUGAACACCAGUGUAAACAUGUACAGAGUUCUGGAUUUUAAAUGGAAACAUGUGGCUCUUUUUAAAGCAGGAUUGUCCAGUUUGGGUAAAGAUUAGCUUGCCAUUUGAAUGGACAAAGAAUCUGUCAACAAAGUACCACUAAAAUAAAUACAUUUUGAGAAAACAUUAAUGGUAAUAUAUAUUUAAGUAAAGCUUCUUAAGUGCCCUCUCUCAGCCAAACAACAAUGUCUUUACUGUUUGCAGAGUGAAAUAAUUGCUAUUGUUAUUUUUUAUGUGUGGCAUGCUUCAAAGUCAUUGUAUUUGAACUGAAUCCUGGCUUUAAAUCAUUUGUAUGCAUAAAAUGUUGCACGGCAGCUUAGUACACUCUGUAAGGCUGAAACACAUGAUAUAUGCACUCUUAGAUGUAGCAUGCUAGCUAUUGUAUUUUUCUUCCUUUUUUAUUACCUUUGGGAGAAAAACGAGAGAAAAGAAAUUGUUGAACCUUUUUCCCCCUGCAGUGUGGUGCAUAACACCACUAAGGGCAGGCUGGUUUUAUUACUGUAAGAAAAACCACUUAAUCUGUCAGAGAUGCAAAGCAAUUAAUAAAUCACACGCGCACUAGUAAAACCUAAAAAAAAAAUGCCAAAAAAUUUAAAUCUGUGGGACAUGUCGAAGCCCGCAGGGAGCUCUACACAUACCUACAAUCCUGAUUGCCAGUCUACAAAUACAUCAUAAUCAUAGACACAGACACUAUUCUCAUGUCAUAAGAUUUUAUUGUUUCCAACCGAUAUAGCAUUUUACAAAUGUUUUAUUUAUAAAAAAAAAAAAAAAAAGAUUUGUCUGUUUUGGAUAUAAAACAAUAUUUUUCUUGGUGUACAUACUGAAUUUUCUUGGGUGAGCGAUAAAAUGCAGUUAUUUUGUAUUAAUUUGUUUCAUCGGAAAAGACUAUACAUAUUUGUUGAGAAUCCCUUUUUCACCCAAAAGUUCCGACAUUGUUUUGUAUUUGUGUGUGUUUGCAUAUUUAAUAACAUUUAAU